AUGGGGUCUUUCCUGAUCCCUAUAUCCCUGCUGGUUCUCGCCGCGAGCUCGGCCGUGGCCCAGCUGGAGAUGGGAUACUACCGCAAGUCAUGCCCGGACGUGGAGGCGAUAGUCCGCGAGGAGAUGGUGAAGAUCAUCUCCGCCGCGCCCAGCCUCGCCGGCCCGCUCCUCCGCCUUCAUUUCCACGACUGCUUUGUCAGGGGCUGUGACGCGUCUGUGCUGCUGGACUCCACCAAGGGCAACCUGGCAGAGAGGGACGCCAAGCCCAACAAGAGCCUGCGGGGAUUCGGCUCCGUGGAGCGGGUGAAGGCCAAGCUCGAGGCCGCAUGCCCGGGCGUUGUGUCCUGCGCCGACGUACUCACGCUCAUGGCCCGCGACGCCGUCGUCCUGGCCAAGGGACCCUCCUGGCCCGUGGCGCUCGGCAGGAGAGACGGCAGCGUGUCCACUGCCACGGAGGCGAGCGACGAGCUGCCACCCUCCUUCGGCGACGUCCCUCUGCUCACCCGGAUCUUCGCCUCCAAGGGGCUCGACCUCAAGGACCUCGUCGUCCUCUCCGGCGCGCACACGCUCGGGACGGCGCACUGCCCGUCGUUCGCCGACCGGCUCUACAACACCACCGGAAACGGCCUCGUCGACCCGUCGCUGGACAGCGAGGGGCUCUUCCGCUCCGACGCUGCCCUGCUCACUGACGCCACCACCGAGGAAUACGUCCGGCACGUCGCUACCGGCAAGUUCGACGACGCGUUCUUCAGGGAUUUUCAGCGAGUCCAUGAUCAAGAUGGGCAACAUCGGCGUGCUUAUCGGCCGUGA